AUGUUCAAGUACUGCGGGCCCGACUGUCAGAAAGCCGACUGGAAGACACACAAGAAGACUUGCGCUCAACAAAUCGAUACCAGCGCUGACGACCCACCUAACGCCAUCCACCGUACCAGCUACUCAGCACCUCGCCUCAAGACUCUCGAGCAGCACGUCCCAAAUCCCUUCACUCUUCUGGAUGAAGGGACAUAUCUAUGCCGUCGACCUGAGAAAGACGUUUACAGACUACUCAUCGACGCAUUCCGCAUGCGCUCAGAGGACGACAUGAAACUUGAAGACAAACCUAUGCCCGACAGCAUUUACACUGGUACAUCUUCAAGCAUUAGGCCUUUCAAGAAGUUUCUCUCUCUGGCAGACACCAGGGAGGGCUUGCUGCCACCAUGGUGGACCGCCGAACACCACCGCGGGUGCGAGAAGUUUGCUGAGAGCGGGGAAUGGAACGACGUGAGAAAGAAGGUCACUAAGGCUCAGAUGAUUUAG